AACCAUAGAUAAGAGUUCGUCUACAACAGAAACAAAAACAUAUAAAUACAACGUGUCGUGGGAUUGUGAUAUAUCCGUGUCAAAGCUCAUGGAAGUGCUAAGAGUCUAUUUCAAGAAAAUCAGAAGACGUGACUCUUUUAUCAACUUUAGAGCUUAUGCUUACUGGCAGUUGCAAUUUAGAAGUGCCGUGGUUAUUGAAAAGAAGUGUGCAACGGUAACUGAAGAAGGAGAAAGAAAAGUACAUUCGACUUAUAGUUGUUCUCACUGUCAAAAACAAGCGUAUACCUUUGUUGAGUGUCCUCACAUAACAUGUGUGAAGAUGAGAGCAGUCUUAAAAGGCCAUCCUCUCAUCCCAUCGAUGCAGCUUCUCGUUAAAGAAGUUCUUCGCGAGGACAGACGAAAGGGACGGUAUGGUUACUGUCCACCAAUACUCAGAUAUAACAGUCAGCUUUCAAGGGCCAACAGAUGUAUUCUCAAGAAAACAGUAUCUGCUAGUCAUAAUUCUACAGUGAAGCUUUUCAGCCAAGAUCAGUUGUUGGGCACUGUGAGCGUGUUGAAGAGUAACAACUCCACCACUGAGGGCGUUAAAGAGAUGAACAGGAAGAGAAUGGCUUAUGCUUCUAAUAGGCACAAGUCGGCUACAGAGGACGACCAAAGAAGUCAGAGAAGCGCAAAAACUACAAGAGGAAAAAGCUUUUAGAGGAGACAGAAGCUGAUAAAAGUGGCACAAGCACAUCAAAAUGAUUAGUUUAUGUAUAAUAAACAUGAGCGUAUCUUGUAUUAGUCCAUUCUGUAAACAAAGCCAUAUUCGAUUAAUGGGUCAUUACUCCAACAUCUACUACCAUUGGAUUUGUCAACACAACAACCAUUUUUUCUACCAUCUCACUGUGCUCAUAUGUACAAAUGGACCACAACUCGCUCCUUUUGUGACCAUAACUAGAACCCAAGCUACAUAAUAGUGCAUAAGGCGUAUUAUUGGUAAAGACAACAGUAGUGCAUUCGUCAAGUGCUCGGAAAAGUUUUUUU